UGGGUUCUUUUGACUGCCAUCUUCGCCAUGUCUUCUCAUAAGACUUUUAGAAUCAAGCGAUUCCUGGCCAAGAAACAAAAACAGAAUCACCCCAUUCCUCAAUGGAUUCGAAUGAAAACUGGCAAUAAAAUCAGGUACAACUCCAAGAGGAGACAUUGGAGAAGAACCACGCUGGAUCUGUAA